GUGUCUUGUUAUGUUCUUUCCGGAAAUAUCUGCCCUUUCAACCUUUUAAAAAAUCAAGGGUUUGUGGUUGCUCGGUUCAGUUUGAUAGUGUAAUAUUAUGGUAAUAUGAUAAUCUGAUUUGUCAUAUAGUGUGUUUUUUUUAAAGAUAAUAUGUUAAAUCUCAACUUGUUUAGAAGGUGCAUGUCAGUAGCGUAGACAACAGCCAGAGUUUUCGUUCAGUUGAAUGAUGUGAUAUAACGUGCUUACACAUAAUGCAGCACGUUGCGAAAUCAUGCAUAUGGGGAUGAAAGUGACAAAUUAUGCACACAAAGUAUUUUCCAGCCCGGAAAUAAGGGACAGAUAGGAUACGCGUGCAUUUAAUAUAGUGCUGAAAAUUAAUAUUGGACAUACAUACAGGUUAUGUGCUAGUGUUUUGUAUUCAACCUUUAACAUUUCUUGUGCAAACUCAUUCAAAGGAAUUUCUAAGCUUGGUGAUAUUUGGCAGUAACCUGGUGAUAUUAAAUUUAUGGCACAACUUUCAGCAAUGAGGACCCCAGAAGAAAUCUGUUGUAUUGUCACAGUUUUCAGAGCAACGGAGCAUUUUAUGUGUAUCGACAGAGAUGGUAUACAUGAGAAGGCUCUGGAUCGCUCCAUUUCUCAAAGUAACAAAGACUCACUGAGCCCUCGAGCUGCAUCAGUUGGACCCUGUGAACCAUGGAGCUGCAGUGGGGUAGUUCUGAACAGCCAGACUGGCAUAGCAGUCUGCCAUGGACUUAUCUUCACCCCAUUUCUCCUCAACAAAGACAUGGACCUGUCUGGCUGUCAGUUCCUGCUUCCUGAUAAUUUCAGUAAGCAGCUACAGAUUGAGGUUCAGUUCUCCGAUGCAGUGGCUCCCCAGUUUGUCACUACAACAAGACAGAAGAACCAUACGGUGAACCAAUGUAGUGGAAAAACCUACAGGAGAACAAGACCCCAGUUAAACCCAUUGCCCCAAAAGGCUGAGCUCCUCAUGCUUGUGCCCUGUUUGGAAUUUCAAGAGACUUUCCAGAAGAUGUUUAACAAAUCGGACAAGUGGCAAUUUUAUAAUGAGCAAGAUGACUUUGAACUGAAGGAACUUCAAAAUGACACUCAAUUUUUACACUGGUUUGCCGUUCUUAAAGUGCCAGGUUUCUUGACAAAAGAAGCAGGGGCAGUGCCUUGGUUGGCUGCCACAAGCUUAAGAAAAGUUGACUCUGUAUUUGCCUGUGGUUCACCAUUUGGUUCUUUAUGUCCUGAUAUCUUCAUGAACACCCUUAGCAAAGGGAUAGUGAGUAACCUAGCAGGAGAGGGCAAUGCUGUGAUUCUCACUGAUGCACGCUGUUUGCCUGGCACUGAAGGAGGAGGACUUUUCUUGAAAAAAGGAGGCCACUUCUAUCUUGUCGGGUUGAUUGUGUCUCCUCUCUACUGGAAGGCGACUGAAUGGAUUGGACUUACUUUGGUUUGUUCAGUGGGGCAUAUUUUCAGAAAUAUGAGGCGGUUUGUAACUGAACAUGACCCCUUCUUGAAAGGGAUUUGGCCUCCAAUGCUAAUGGACAGGACACUUAAAAUACAGUUUGCCCUAAAUCAUCCUUCAGUGGUCUUGGUGGAGUGUGGUCAAUUCUGGGGCUCUGGAGUGAUGAUAAAUUCUAGAUUGAUGCUUACGUGUAGACAUGUGUUAAAUGAGGCAACAAGAGUCACAGUGAAGAGCAACAUUACCUCUGAAAGUUUCCUCUCUGUGGUAGGAGAAGUGAUUUUUUCAACAAAGAAAUACUCAGCAUAUGACAUAGCUGUGGUGCAGCUCCAAACUGAUUUUCCUGGCAAUAGUGUAUCUGCGCUUACUUCCAGCUUUAGCCCAGGGGAAGAUGUCCUUCUUGUUGGUUUUGGAGCUUUUGGUCAGAGCUGUGGACCGUCUGUGACAUCUGGAAUUCUGUCCCGUGUGAUUACCUGUGAAUCAAGACCAGUGAUGCUGCAGACUACAUGUGCAGUACAUGCAGGGGCCAGCGGGGGUGCUGUACUUCGAGCUGAAACUGGAGAGCUGCUAGGUAUUGUAUGCAGCAAUACCAGAGACACUGCAGCUGGGGUGACAUAUCCACACCUCAACUUCAGUAUCCCAGUCACUGUCCUGCAGCCACUGCUCAACAAAUACACCCUGACUGAAGAUGGAGGUGUCUUUGAGGAGCUGGACAGAGCCAGUGAUGUGGUCAGAGAUGUGUGGAGGCUGCAGAGCCCUAAUUGCCAGGCCCCACGCAGCAAACUGUGACUGUCACAGCACCUGACUGAGACAGCCAGCGGGGGUCAUGUCUGAGAAGAAACCUUCAGCCAUCUGUUUGAUAUAGAACUGUUGUUUUUUAGUUAAAGUAAAUUUUACUUCUGCAUCAGUUUAUUAAUUAUUGAAUUUGAAAUAUCCAAUAUGUAUAGCCUAAUUUUGUAACUGAGGCUUUGAUAUGUAUUAUAUUUGCAUAAUAAGGUACAACUAUUUUGUAUUACUAUUGUUACGAUAGUAGAAAUGAACAGUGUGGCUAAAAUCAUUCCUCUUUGAAAAUGGUAAUGUUUCCCUCAUUAUGGGAUACUUGGUGUUAUUCGUGAGGGAGUUUAUGUUUUAUUUAUUCUAUUUUAUCAAUGGUAUGAUAAUGAAAUUCUGGGGAUAAUCCCUGUGUCACCGUGAAAAGAAUCAUUUCAAUUUAUAGUCAUGAAACUAUAUGAGUUUAGAUUGAAAAUCCAGAGAGAAGGCUUUAGCAAUAACUGAUCCAAAUGCUUCUAUCAGCUUUAUGCUGGAUUAAUUACACGUAAUUCAGCAGGAUUUAAAUCCUGAUUUAUAUGCACGUUAUCAAAUUACUGACUAAAUCCAAGGGCAUACCAAAACAAUAAAAUAAAUACGGCAUUUCCAGUAUUGUUUACUUACAGCUUUUUUUUCCUAGAUUCUCAAAGACAGAUAAGAAACAACCAAAGUUUUAACAAGACACUAGAUUAAAUGGCUCAGUUGUUUAUUUCUAUUAACGUGUGCAUGCUUUUCCUUUCUGAAAAAAUCAUGCCAAUUUAAUAUAGCUUUGAGAUGAGUCUGAAAUCAUGUUUACCUUUCUCUUCUGUCAAAAAACAAGAUGUGUCCUGUAUAAUGGUGUCAGUAUAGUGUAAACAACAGCUUGAAAAUAAGAUUACCUGUUUAGCCUGUUUAGUUUGUAGUGUGACAAGGAGGGACACAGCUUGUGUUCCUGAAGCUACAACUUCCUUUAGGUAAUGUAAAUAAACCGAACAAGGCCUAGUUCAUGUCAGCCUGCAGGAGUCAGUUACCCAGGAAUCAUACUGUUUGUACAGAACUGAAAUUGCUGGUGCGGCACUGUAGCUUUAAGCACGGUCGUUUCUCCGGUUACAAUCAGAGAUUAUUCAGAAAUGGUAUGCAGUUGUUAUUUUUUCAUCCCAGAAAUAGUUUGAGCUGGUAGAUUCCUGUAGCUCAUCAUUUUAGGUUUCCAGGGUGCUUGCUGACAACUGCUGGCUGUGGGGUAUCACUUUUCAUUUAUUGCAGUUGUGACCCACUGCUGUGGAUGUCAGGUUAAAAAAAGAAAUCAACUCACAGUGAAAAGAAUGGCAACAGCUUUCACGUUGUUACUCCAGCAUUCUUAGCAUGUCACUUAAGUUUGGGAGAUAUUUAGUCAACAAAAGCAACGCCUUGACAUGGAGAUUGAUAAUACAACAAAAUUAUUAUUUAAAAAUAACAAUAAUGUUUUGACAGAUUUCAUUGAUCCACUUUUCAAGUGACUAUAUACUUAUGUAUAUAUGUCUUGCUAUAUAGAACCAAUCUGAUGAAUCACCUAUAUAUAAAUGUAAAAUCAAUUAAAAAAAAAUGAAGACAACAGUUUAUGAAGUCCAUUUCGAAAUGGGUGUUUGUCUGUAUUAAAUCAUUUUGAAAACAGGGCCUUCAUUGUCAUUAAAGAGACUCCAUUGCAGUCUAACUGGAGAUCUAAUUUGGUAUACAAAGGACCUUUGUAAGGAUCUGAACAUUUGCACUGUUAUGUAGAUCCUUAAAAUAGAGCACAGUGAAUGUGUAGCUCAAAUCUUAACCCAAAUUCUCCCAGACCUCACCUCCCCCUCUCCAUGCAAAGGUGUAAUAUAUGAAAAACUGUUGCGUUAAUACACUUGUACAAAAAACCUUUUAGGUCUAUUUUUUCACCUUUUUCAUCAGCUAAUACAGUAAGUCACCUCUGUUAAGAUUGUUCUCGUGCUUCUGAAGAGUAGUUGUGCAGCAAUGAAGGUCAGGCCUGAAUGUGCCAGCUAUUGAUAAUUUUACUUUGUUCGACUUUAAUGAGUCUUAUUAGAACACAGCUGAACUCAUUAGUUCCCCUGCAGGAGAGAUAAAAUGUCAGGGUCUGCUGCCAGUGAAAACUGAAAAGUUUUAACCCUUUGUUACACAGCAUUUGGGGACCGGUUUCACAAAGCUUUUACAGCUAGCAGACCUGUAAAUUCAGUUUUGCUUUAUAGAUGAAAAUAAAGUGAAAGAAAAUGUGUAUUUUUUAAUCAUUUAGACUAGCUGAGUUGAUUUCUAUAUUGUUUUCUGAAACAGGUAGAACAAAAUAGCAUGCUACUUAGCCAGCAGUGUUUUGAGAAACUAACCCCAGAACUAAUAAAGAAAUCCAGAAAUAAUGUUUCAAGUUGCUUUUAAAGGUGAACUUGCAUAUACAUUACAAUACAGUGCCUUUGUAUGCAAGAAAAAAAAGAGUAAUGCUAAUGUGUAAUUUCUAUUCUAUGAAUCACAGUUGAGGAUCUGCCGCAGUCCCAAGAAUUCACACAACUAAUGCAUUAAAAAUGCAAUUUUAAAGUAAUAAUGAUCCCCAACUCUAAUAUGGGCCAUGACUACAACAUAUAAUUAGGAUAACCUGGUUAUUUUAUCACAAUCUCUGGUUUCUAUGUUUUCUGUACGGGAAAAGAGCAGCAGAUCCUCAAUAAUAGUGAUAUGCUGUAUUAGGAGAAGGGCAGAUCCAGUUCAUUGCUUUGAACUGUUCUUCUGUGUUUCAUGUUUGGCACUUCAUGGUCUCAAUGGUCAAACUGGACUGGCGUUUAUAACAUUAAACUGUGGCUCAUUGAUGCAUCUAGCUUGCCUCUCCAGUGGUCUCAGAUCCAGGUAAAAUGAUUACUGUAAAAUAACUUGCCAACAAAUAAGAAUUGCUCCAUAUAAAGCACUCUUUAAAUAAUAAUCACUAGUUUAAUAUUGUACUGAUUAAAAUAAAUACAUAUUUUAACUACAAUCUAAAACAACAAAUCCAUCCUUGAAACUCCACUGGUCUUUUCAAUUGUUUUAAAUUAUAUUUAAAAUACAUCAUUAAAAAAAAAAUAAUAAUAAUAAUAAUGCAAAGAAUCUCAGGCCCACUGCCUUUUAAUGUUAAAGUGCUCAAACAUGAAAAAUUACAUACAGUUCACCAACAUGCACUACUAUAAACUAACAGAUAUAUCUUAUUUUUUAUGAAUAUACAACAGUUACAAUUAACCAAUGGAAAACUGAAUGUGAAAAUGUGUCUAUUGUGAGAAUUUAACUAUACACAAAACUUCAAGUAACAUACACAGUUAAUAAAAAGUAAUUCAAGUAGCAUAAUAAGAAUAUUAUUUUAAGUGGCACAUUCUUGAAAUAUAAGAUUUCAAGAUUGGGAAUUGAAAAUUCAGAUUUCUGACCAGGGUGAUUUAAUUUGUUACAAUGCAAUAAAACAAAAAAAAAAACCCCAAACAACAUUUCUAGUGUUUUUUCAACAGGUGGUGCCCUUUACCUUAAACCAAACAUCGCGAAAGCACCACCUUGCCAAAAAAGCAGAGUCACAGGUAGAACUCAUACAACAUUUGUCAGCAGGUAUCUAGGCCCAGGUAAAAAUGCUUCAUCACAACAACACUGUGUAUUUAGCAUUGAAUACAAUUAUUUCUUCUAAGACUAUUUAAGCCAAUUAAAAGAAAGCAAAAUGAACAUUAGCGAUUCAUAAUAAUGUUACUUUCAUGGAUAUACAUCAUAUACUUUAUGUACAGAAAUGUGUAAGUGUACAUUCUGGGUUUGGAACUACUGCAAACCAUACUAAAUAACCUUGUUUCUAAAGAAAUCCAGAUAUGCUGUUUACAAUGUCUGAAACACUCUUCCCAUGUUCCUUUUGCCAUCAUGCAGGUAACAUGGCUACAUCUAUUAUUAAUUUAAAACACCACAUUACACAGCUUGAGUUCCUCUUUUCAUAAUGAAGGAUAUUUAUUGGGUUCUGGCACCCGUUUCUAACACAAUUGCCUGCUUCAGAUAAAAGAUACACACUGCUUAUAUCAAUAUUAUACCAAUCAAAAAGCAUCAUGGUGUUCAAAUUUGCAAGUAUCAAAUAGGAACUGCUUUAUUUAUUUAUUUAUUUAUUUAUUUAUUUAUGCAUUUAUUUGUAUUAAAUGUCAAAUUAAAGCUACACUGUUUAAGAGUUUUUAUAUAUUUUUUGACCACACUGUAAGAAUGUAUUAGUUAAAAAAUCAUUAAUCAGUUUUGUUAAAUUUUGAAGAAAAUUAUAUGAGCUUUGGGAAUGCAGUAUUUUUUUUUUUUUAAAUCAUUUUUCAAAUAUCCAGUGCCUGAAUGAAGCACUGCAAUUGGAGCUAAUGGAAUGCCAGUUAGCGCUACAGUUUUUCACCCAAGUAAACAGUGAUUAGUUCAUAGUUUUGUGUAUUUAAAAAAAAACGUACAGGAGAUUGCUUUAAAUGGGUCUAACCGUUAGCAUACAAGCAUCCGCUCUGAGCCCAAUUUCAGAGGGUUUGUUUUUAGAAAUUCAUUGAUCCUUACUGUGUGUCAUUGCAGAAGAUACCAAAAGAAAUAUGCUUAGAGUUUCCAGACAUCAAGAGUGCAAACCUUCAGAAAAUAACCGAACAAUAUAAAUGUGGUGGGCUGCAUUGUUUGUACAUAGAACUAUACUGUUCAGCGGAAAUGUUAGCAUCUUAGUGUGUGUUAGAAUUAAUAUAAAUAUGUUUAUUUCAAUAUAAAAAGGUGCCAUGUUGGGAGUCAGGUUCUUUUUUCUGUUUCUGUACUAUGCCUAUUUGAGGAAUCUUCAGAAAAUCAUACCCUUUAACAAGAAAAUAGCUGUAAAUAUGCGUA